CAGUGCAGGCUGAGUGGGCAGCGCGAUGCGGGGUUCGAGCUGCGUGGGCAGUGGUGGCGAGAGCCCAGGUGGUACCGGGCUGAGCGAGGGGCCCCGCGGCCGAUGGCUGCGGCUCGCCCCUGUUUGCGCGUACUUCCUGUGUGUGUCCUUGGCGGCUGUGCUCCUUGCCGUGUACUACGGGCUCAUCUGGGUCCCCACGCGGCCGCCUGCGGGCCCCGCCGACCCCCUGCCCAGCGCUGCGGUCGCUCCGUGUGCUCGAGCAGCACCACCCGCCCCACCUCCGGCCUCGUCCUGCUUACUUGGGGCCUCCGGCGGGCCACGACCGAUGCCAGGACUGCUGCGGAGCCGCCGCCACGGCCGCCGCCCAGCUCCAGAAGCGACGCCGGAGACCGCUCACCGAGCGCCUGGAUAGUCUGGCCCGCCCCCACCGUGGCCCGCGCCUGUCUGACUGCACCACCGGGCCUCGCCUGCGCGGCGCCGCCUCUCUCCUGGCCGCGGUCCUGAUCCUACCCGACCUUAUCCCACCACGCUCCUUCCCGGGAUUCAGAGCUCAUCGGCAAUAAACUCUAGCCUCAGCUGGCUUAUCUGGACUGGUCUCUUCUAACGCCGUGGCCGCGGGGCCUUAAAGGCAUUUCUCUUUCAUUGCUCGCAUGUAAUUUUUGGGUUGGAAUGGGAAAAAGCAGCUUGCCAGUUUUCAGGGCCAUUGAAGGUCAGAUACUGUAAAGGCCUUAGCAGUUUUCGGGGUGUCAUGGGCUCUUGUAUAGCGUCAGAGACAAUGGUGUGUGCUGGAAACUGCAGUUGGUAUAGUUUACAAUGGCAGGGGUAGAGGAUGUCACCCGUGUGCUAGCUUGUCCUGGCUUGGGUGGUGAUGGGACACAUUUGCUGCUUUGGAAGUGUGGAACAUAUAGCUGAACCAGAAACAAAAAAACCAAACCAAACCAAACCAAAACUGGUCUGCACUGCUGUUGGUGCCAAGCUGAGAAGCUGGUGUCACUUCUGAUAAAGAAGUCAUGUGGUUUAGUCCAUUUUCUCUUACCCAUGAUUGUGGCUUGGCCGUAGGCAGGCCUGGAAUACCCUACUGCCCUGUUGCAAAAAGAGGUUUUCUUUAUGGCCUUCUUCCUUUUGGGCUGGACAGCAUCAGGAACCUGAGGCCUCUUGUCAGAUGGGAGUGUAUUACCUGCCCUGCUGGUCCCCUUCUGUCCUACCAGCAUCCCCCACGGGAUGAUGUACAGCAAUGUACUUAAACUUCUCUGGUCUUGUAAAAUGAAGACAACACAUUGUUGCUCAGAGAAUUAAACUAGUGUUCCAAACCUGA